AUGUCAUUGCAACCCGAUGUCAGCACUCUGUUGCACAACAUGCAUGCACAGAUUUUGACAUUAACAAUGCAACUCGCAGAGUUACAGGAAAAUCCCCCUGUAGCUACAUCUGGACAAAAGUUUAGCAAAAAGGUCGAAAUCAUCGCUGACCCCGGCACUUUUGAAGGAGACUGGGCUCAAUUUGCCAAAUGGUGGAUCAAGCUCCAAAUUUGGAUCAAGCAACAGCUGUGCUGUCAAGACUCAAAGUGUAAAAACCCUUAUCCCCUAUACCGAGUUAACGGAGGGAUGAAGAUUCAAAUCAAACAAGUAGCGUUACAAGAUAGCGAUUGA